UCCGUUUCCUCCUUGGCAUCCGAGAGGAAGUUCUCUGUGCGCAGGUACACUGGACGGAGCGCAGCUCGAAGAGCCUCAGAGAACCGCUCUGGGCAGAGUGAUGGGUUUGAGCACACGUAAUGCAGUGACCUAUGAUGAUGUGCAUGUGAACUUCACUCAGGAAGAGUGGGCUUUGCUGGACCCUUCCCAGAAGAAUCUCUACAAGGAUGUGAUGCUGGAGACCUUCAAGAAUCUCACUGAUAUUGACUACAAUUGGGAAGUUCAUGAUAUUGAAGAGCAUUCUCAAAGUUCUAGAAGACGUGGAAGGUAA